UGUGUUGAAGUGAACACAACCUCUGGUGUAGUGAAAGGUCUGACUAUCGAUGUGUUGAACACAAGUGUUGACCAGUUUUUGGCCAUACCUUAUGCCGAACCCCCGGUAGGGGUACUCAGGUUUGCCAAACCUAACGCCAUUAAAACUCAAAAAUUUUUGGCCAUACCUUAUGCCGAACCCCCGGUAGGGGUACUCAGGUUUGCCAAACCUAACGCCAUUAAAACUCAAAAAUAUAUCGAUGGGACUAAACAUGGUAAAUCAUGUGUACAAAAGUUUGUAGCUGAGCUUGAUGACUUUGAUCCGGUGAGAAAUAUCACCCAAAGCGAGGACUGUCUGGUGUUAAACGUAUGGACCCCUACUGUCCGCACCGGUGACCGACAGAAAGCGGCCCUAAAACCGGUCAUGUUUUGGAUGCACGGCGGAGCACUUAUAACUGGCUCAUCAUUUCAAUGGCAAUACAACGGCACAGCACUGGCCACCAAUGAUGUGGUCAUUGUGUCCGUCAACUAUAGGUUAGGACCGUUUGGUUUCCUAUACGGGGAUCGGGAGGACGCGCCCGGAAAUAUCGGACUCUAUGACAUGUUGUUUGCAUUAAACUGGGUUAGAGAAAACGUUCACUCAUUUGGCGGAGAUAGGGAUCAGAUCACUAUAUUUGGUGAGAGCGCCGGCACGUGGGCCGGGGCGUCAACCCUCAUACUCUCCCCGCUAUCCAAAGGCCUAUUCAAGAGGGCUAUUAUGGAGAGCGGCGCCCAUUAUUACAAUAGUAGAGAUCCAAUGAGCAAAGCCGAGGCCUUGACUUUCGCCAAACAAUUAGCCAAAAGCAUGAACUGUACGGACGGACAGAAAUGGUUGGACUGUUUACGUGGUAUCGACGCCCAGGCGUUGAUCAAAGGGUACGACACAGUCGUUCAGGUAUUCCCACUAUUGGACACUGAAUUACUACCACUGCCCGCUCAGAAAGCAUUUAAACUAGAUUCAUUUAAUAAAGAUUUGGAUAUCAUGGUUGGUCUUAUGAGAAAUGAGGGUUCAUCGUUAAUAAAUACAUUAGUCAAACCAAACCAAACCCUAAAAGACUAUCAAGAUUUUGUGGCAUUGAUUGACACAAUUUAUCAUAAUUUUGAUAUAAAACGUGUCGAAGAGUUUUAUUUGAAACAAUCCAUUGACGCAAACAAUUCCAAUGCUAUCCUAUGGGCUGAAUAUGACAUGUUUGGUGACGUACGCAUCUCAUGUCCGACCUAUAGGUUCGCCAAAGCGUACGCCCAGUUGGGAGGCGCGGGUGGUGUGUAUUUCUAUGAGCAGACAUAUCAACGCAAAUCAUUUUUAGAUGAAAAAGUCUAUGGAGUGACACAUCAGGCGGACGUCGACUAUGUAUUCGGUGCACCGCUUUUGUAUCCGACAAUCACUGACACAACAAUUGAUACACAAUUCAGUCGACAACCGACCGAACCCUAAAUGGCCUAAAUUUAUCGAUAAUACAAAUAAAGAUUUAAUGCCAAAAGUGGUUGAAUUAAAUCCAAACAAAUUAU